GUGGGAAAACCCGUUGGAGGAAGCAGGAAGUGCGUCUAGCGAGGGAGACGAGAGGAGAGCCCGAGCCCUUUAACACAACACAACACAAAGAAGACGACCAAGAGAGCAAAACAAAGUUUCAACAAAUUCAUCGCCAUGGCAGGAAUUAAAGCGCUGGUGGGUUUGUCCUUCAGUGGUGCCAUUGGACUUACAUUUCUUCUUCUGGGCUGUGCGUUGGAACAGUACGGGGUCUACUGGCCGCUGUUUGUGCUGAUUUUCUACAUAUUGAGCCCCAUCCCAACCUUCAUAUCCAGACGCCUCAGCGAUGACACUGACUCCUCUAGCAAUGCGUGCAGAGAACUGGCCUAUUUCUUAACAACUGGCAUUGUGGUAUCAUGUUUCGGACUUCCCAUCGUUCUCGCCCGCACCAGCACGAUCCAGUGGGGUGCCUGCGGCCUGGUGAUGACCGGAAACGCUGUCAUCUUCCUCACCAUCUUUGGUUUUUUUGUUGUGUUUGGGGGUGGGGACGACUUUAGCUGGGAGCAGUGGUAGGGCGCUUUCAGACAUUGGACAGAUGGACGGACGGAUGGGUAGGUGGAUGGGCAGGUGGAUUGCUGAAUGGAUAGCCAGCAGACUGAAGGGUGUACUUAAUAGGGGGUGAUGCUCCUGUACAUUGUAUGCUGCAAGAAUGUCACAUUUACCAGGUUUGUUUUCAGGCAAAUUUAUACGUUAAAGGGUUUUGUAAACAACACCACGUACCCCGUUGAUGUGCCUUAUGUCUAGGACCAGACAGACACUAGUGCCUAUUCACCUUAACCUUAUUUUAGCUUGUCUCACCUUUUGUUUUAACACUUAAAUCCCAAAGCUUAUUGCAGCCGCCCGCUAUUUCACUACGCUUCAGUUAAUCAGCAUCCUAUUCGGAUCCUAAAGAGUGACAUGUAAUGUAAACUGCAAUGCUCACUGCAUUAUCUGUCCUCAUUGUUCAAUGCAGGAUUGGCUAUACUGAAUUAUGGUUUGCUUAUUGCUCUGCUCUUUGAAGUAUGAAGGCAGAGCAAGUUCGCUUCAUCCAAGCCACCCAGUUGUAGGGCUCCAUAUCAGGUAAAGAUAUCUUUGUAUGGAGAUUGUGUGUGUGUGUGUGUUUGUAUAUUUGUUGUUUUCAUUUUGCUACAGAACUGUAAAAUCUUACCUUUCGUUCUUGUGCAAUUGUUUACAAUCUCACCAAAGAUCCUUUCAAGUGCAAAAAUGUUCAAGCGCUGUGUAGUGAAAAUAAUACAUCUGAGAUUCUUAAGAUCUAAGAGUCUCAAUUAUUGCUUGAAGAAGCAUCCGUAUUCAUUUUAUGCUCCUGCAGAUGAAAAAGAAAUUCAUACAAUUAUGCCACUAGGAGCAUGAUAUUCAUCUGUGAAUGAUUAUAGACUAUAUACGUUUUGGGGCAGUUGUUCCUAGGGGCUUACCUGCUAGCUCAUUUGUGAGUGUCUGUCAUCAAGUUUAUAAAUAGAUUUUUAGACUUUGUUUGGAGUUAGACUUGGUUUUGUCAUCAGGGGCCUUUGACAUUUUUAAUUGUAAAAUCAAUAAAACGUAAUCAUGUUUCAUGUGAUCGUUACCAGUACUUUUAAUGAGGUUCGGAAGGUUGCAUGGUUUAUCCCACUUGACUAUCACAGAACAUUUGAAUUAGUGUCCUGUAUAAUUUCUGAUUUCUCAAUUCCUUAACUGCUUUUCGGGGGAAAUAUUAUACUGUAUGUCUCUGAACUGACAUGUAAGAAAGCUUUCUAUUGUGACUGCCCACACUAACGAGUUCUGAAAGAGCUCUCAAAGUUUAUUUUAUAGCCUCAUGGUAACGUUUUGUUUUCUAACAUUGAUUAAAGCUUCCUGUACAAUGAAACAAACUGUCUUAUUUGUGUACUG